AUGGCCAACGUCGACGUUCAACCUGGUCCGAAUCCACCUUACGAGAGCAAGAUUCGUGAGGACCAGCGAGAUGAGUCUGAAGAACCAACGGACCAGCGCAUGUCUAUUGGCAGAUAUGCAGCCACUCGAUUCACCACCCUGAAGCCACCUAUGGCCAAGGCGGAGAAUCCUUUCAAGCUCCUGGCCAUGCUCAACACGCAGCAGUGGCUGUUUUUCUUGGUGGCCUUUUUUGCCUGGUCCUGGGAUGCCUUUGACUUUUUCACCGUCUCCUUGACAGUGUCAGAUCUCGCCGAGACCUUUGGCAAGUCCAAUACCGACAUCACCUGGGGCAUUACGUUGGUGCUCAUGUUCCGAUCCCUCGGUUCGACUAUCUUCGGUAUCGCCGCUGAUCGAUACGGCCGCAAAUGGCCGUUCAUAAUCAACAAUCUUCUCUUCGUCGCUUUGGAGCUGGGUACUGGGUUUACCCAAACCUAUGCCCAGUUUCUGGCGGUAAGGGCGUUGUUUGGCAUAGCAAUGGGUGGUCUGUACGGAAAUGCCGCAGCUACAGCGCUGGAAGAUUGCCCGGACGCCGCUCGUGGCAUCAUUUCUGGCAUGCUGCAGCAGGGCUACGCUUUUGGCUACCUUCUCGCCGCAGCCUUUGCCCGCGCACUUGUCAACACCACUUCACAUGGCUGGAGGCCUCUCUUCUGGUUCGGUGCAUGCCCACCCAUUCUCAUCAUUCUUUUCCGCUUGUGUCUUCCUGAAACGAACACGUUCCGCGCUCGUCAAGCGAUCCGCCACCAGCAGGGCAGUCUCGCAGGCACUUUUAUAUCUGAAGGACGAGUCGCCCUCAAAAAUCAUUGGAUGCUCCUGAUCUAUCUUGUCCUUCUCAUGGCUGGGAUGAAUUUCAGUAGUCACGGCAGUCAAGACCUGUAUCCAACCAUGCUUGGGAAUCAGUUCAAAUUCUCCCCGGAUGCCACGACGGUUACGAUGGUUGUCGCCAAUCUCGGAGCCAUGACCGGUGGAACCACAGUGGGAUACUGCUCUCAAAUAUUUGGUCGGCGACUCAGUAUCAUAGUUAUUUGCAUCGUGGGAGGCGCACUCUUGUAUCCAUAUACUUUCACAUCGUCGAAAGCGAUCAUGGCUGCCGCAUUUUUCGAGCAGUUCUGCGUCCAGGGCGCAUGGGGUGUGAUCCCAAUCCAUCUGAUGGAAUUAUCGCCCGGAUCCUUGCGUACCUUCGUGGUGGGCACGUCGUACCAACUUGGCAAUCUGGCCUCAUCGGCGUCGUCGACCAUCGAGUCGACCCUCGGCGAACGGUUUCCUCUCGAGCCUAUCACCAAAAAGGGCAAGACCGUCAAGCGAUACAACUACGGAAAGGUCAUUUGCAUAUUCAUGGGCUGCGUGUAUGCCUACCUGAUCAUUAUCACCUUCGUGGGUCCUGAGAAGAGAGGGCGCAGUCUGAACGUCGAGCACGAUACCGACAUGGCUGAAGUGACGCAUCGGGACCUCCGCCAUCAACAGGCUUCUGAUGUAGGUCAUGGAGAGUUCAGCGAGAAUGACCAUGACGAGGAGAAGGCUGUCAAGCAACAAGAAGUUGCUUAG